CUGACAUUACUUUAUCUCUAGAGACGUUUGCCAGCUUGAGCUCCAGUUCAGCUAUUUCCUUGAUGAUUUUGGGGGCUGUCUCUUUAGGUUUGGGCGUUGUUUUCCACAGUCCGAUUGAAGUAUGAACUCUGCAAGGUUUCUGUCUUUCAUUAUGUGUGCUGGCCAGACCCAUCGUCCUUUGCCAACUGUUGGGGCGUCCGCCGUUGUGAUUUUGGCCCAGACAAGGUCGUGAUCUGUCUCGAUGCCUAUACGUUGUAUUCCCCAGUCGAAGGUGUUCUCAAAGCUAGCAGUCUUUACGUAUAUCCUGUCUAUACGUGACAGGGCUCCGCCAAGCGCAUGUGGUUGCCUGAAGGUAUAGUUCCUUGUAUCGGGAGCAUCUACCGCGUUCUUAUCGUCCUCGUGAGCUGGAAGUCUAUCAAUCGCCGCCUCGACUAUAUUGGUGUCGCCCACCAUGAGGUCUGGUCUUCCAGUCCUUGGGUUGUCUUCGAAGAAUUUAUCGAUAUCUUCCCAGAAUUGCCUGUUUUCGGCGGGGUUAUUGGGUGCAUAUACUCCGAGGAUAGAUAGCGGGCUUCCAUCUGCCUGUUGUAUCUUCAGUAUCAUAGCCCGUCCUGGUACUACAGUGAGUGAUUCUAUUGUGUCCACUCUUGCAAGGUUCUUGUUGAUGACGAACGCCAGCCCAGCCGCGUUGGGUGACCGCGGGUUCUCUGUGAACUCAAUUCGCAACUUACGGCCAAAUAUCUUGCUUACAUUAUCUUUGCGCUCUUGGUUCAUGUGCGCCUCACCCACAACUAGUACUGCGAUUUUCUGCUCCCUGAGGAUCUGCCAUAUCCCAAGCCAUUUGUUGUCGGGAUGGUGCACAUUCAGGUUCCCGUGGCCUCGUAUGUUGAGACCAGCAACUUUCAGCGCUGUCUUCAUCUUCUUUCUCACAGCACUCUGUCCGUUUCGCGGUCGCUCUGCGCUUGGGUGUGUGGGAGGCAGGGUAGAUUGGUUCCUUAUUGGCGUUUCACCAUUAUGGUAUGUAGCGGGGCACUGUCCUUGCGUCUCUCUGACAUUUCCGCCUUCAGCGGUCCCUUGGUCUUGGGAUGGUGUUUCGCUCUGAGACCCAUGCGCGUUCUGCGCGUUAGCACUAGCAAUAGUGCCCCCUGGUCCACGCACUGUGUCCUCAGCUUCCCUUUCUUCUUGGGGGGGUAGCUGUCUCUCAGCUCCCUGCGCUCUCUGCGCAUGACUGGCCCUGUCGUCUGGGCUGGGUAACUGUUGCCCAGUUCCCUGCGCGCUCUGCGCAUCAGCACAUCCACUUGUGCCCCCCGAUCUGCUCGCUGCAGUCGGAGUUGCGUCCCAGGGCCCAUCAUCGGUUCCUCGG